AUGCAAGUAGUUACGCCCUCCAGAAUAGGAGAAGAACUAUCUCCAAACGCCAACUCAUGGCCCCACAAGCCGAUGAAAUACCUAGAUUUAGACGCCCUGGCUCAGCACAAGCGUAUCAACAAGCUCUACACCAACCUCACAUUCUGCUUUCCGCUGUCAGACACCAGUGUUCACACGCAGCUCUCCAUUCAAGAAGCAUUACGUCGCGCCCUCACUCGUCGUCUCUGUCCUGCCUUUCCAUGGCUCGCUGGAUAUGUUUGUGACGCAGGAGAACGUCCAGGGGAGGGUCAGGGUAGAUUUGCGAUCAAGUACGAUUCGUACGUCCCUGAUCAACCACUCGGCAGCCAUCUUGUCGAUCCGCAUCCCCGGUUCAUCUCGUUUCCAGACUGGAAGGAAUUGAAGAGGGUGCAAUUCUGCCUUCCAACCGCCGGUCUUGAUGAGAGACGUUUUGCUAGGUUCGAGACAUUUGAUGAAAGUGCAGGAAAUGUGCUUGGCUUCGCGGUAGUAUUUGUGCAUGGAGGGCUGCUAUUGACGGUAAGUGCCCACCACGGGAGCAUGGAUAUGGCAGGGCUAGCAUGGGCCAUGCGGAUGCUGGGGAAGGCGCUGAGGAAUGAGAAGUACAGCGAAGAGGACCUGCGGGUCGGGAACAUGUCUCGAAAGGGGCUGUUAGAGGGCUUUAAAGAGAAUGACGAGUCCAUUGAGGACAGCAACGUCAAGGACGAAGGCGUGACAGAGCGAACAAGACCUACAGAAACAAAGACCAAAGUAAACGACGAGACCAAGCAAACCCGCCUAUGCUGGGCGUCCUUCUCGUUCUCCGCCAGCUCACUGUGCAUGCUAAAGGAGUCAGCUUCACACGACGGCGUCCCAUCAGACAGAUUCAUCUCCACAGACGACGUUCUCAGCGCAUUCAUCUGGCAAGCCAUCACACGCGCACGCACGACUCGAUUCACGGCUCACCCAUCAUCACUCACCACGAUGCUCUCUCGAAAUAUCGACAUGCGCCGCUCCUUUGGCGUCCCGCUCGCAUAUCCAGGCCUACUCGUCACCUCCACAACCACCCUACUCACGUUCGACAAACUCUUCUCUGCGCCCCUAGGCGCCAUCGCGUAUAUACUUCGCGAGGCACUCGAUCCUGAGACUCUGCGACGCGAAACACGGGCGCAGGUUGACUAUAUCAAGGCGCAUAACGCACCUGCUAGAAAAGUGGGGGAGAUUACGGGACUCGAUGUGCGGCUGAGUAGUUGGGCGAAGGAAGAUUGCUGUGAGGUCGACUUUGGGCCGGAGAUUGGGAGGCCGGUGGCAGUGAGGAAAUUGUUGUUAGAAGCUGGGGCGAGAGAGGGAUUGGUUUAUUUCUUGCCGCGGGGUCGGGAUGGGGAGAUUGUUGUGGAUGUUUGUUUGACGGUGGGUGAUAUGGAGAGGAUGAGGAUGGAUCGUGAGGUUGAGAGGAUUGCUGUUAUGGUGGGUGGUAUGGGUGUUUGUGGUGAUACCUAG